AUGCUCAAGUGGGCUGUGAACCAGCCCCGACCCUCGUACCUGGCCAAGGAGCUGCCAGAGGGAGCUGCCACCAACCCCAAGACAUCAGCAGCAGCAACAGGAGCAACAGGAGCAGCAGGAUCAGGGGCAAGCAGCUACAGCGAGUUCCAUGCCCUGCGGGGAAAGCUCAAGCGCAAGUCCCUCUGCCUAGCCCUCGCCCACGGACAGGGGAAGGAGAACCAGCUGACCUCGACGCCACUGCCAGCCAGCUCCCUGCCCGUGCACCCACGGACCCCGCUGCUCAAGGACCUCAGCAAUAUCAUGUCCUCGCCCCUGACUACGCCCACGCCCACGCCCACGCCCACACUCCGCCCACCCGCCUACGCCUCCACGCUGCCGACCUUCGAGGCGGAGUACUCCCCGAGCGCGGCCAUCAUCCCGGGUCCGCUGCUCGCACUCCGCGGCAUGGGCAUCCCCGACAGCUACUUCGAGAAGCCCCGCUACCUGGAGCAGAAGCCCCUGCCCCUUCCCCUUCCCCUGUCCGUGCCCGUGCCCCAGGCCCCUGCCACGAAGAGCGGCCAGACCACGCUCAGCUCCAGCCAGAUGGGAGACGUGACCCUGGAGCGGAUGAUCGACGCCAUUCUGGAGAGCACCCGCAAGGCGCCGGCCCCCAGGCAGCCGCGUCAGCGUCUGCGCCAGCGACACAGACACCACCCCCUGAGCAGCUCCACCUCCUCCGCCGCCGCCGCUGCCGCCACCCACUCGCCCACCUACCGGCCCGCCUUCGACCCGGCCAGCGACCUCUGCGAGUACUGGAGGUCACCCCACGCGAGUGGCUACGAGGAGCGGGAGGUGCGCUCCCCCCAGCCGGCUACCGUCGAUGGACAGUCGCAGUCGCAGUCCCAGUCCCAGGGGAAGAGGCGAUCACUGCAGCUGCGGAGGCAGCGCGUGGUGCGGCGCAAACGGAAGAUCGCGACAAGAAUCUCCUCCAGCGUACGGCAGUCGGCCCAGAAGCUGCUGGCGGCCGCCCGCUCCGCCCAGAAGAUCCGCCACAUCAGCCCCGACAGCGGCCACAACUCGACCAGCGACUGCGACUUCGAGGAGGAAGUGGACUCGCUGUCAUCGCUGGGCGCCUGUGGCGGCCUGGGCCUGGGCAUGGGUCUGGAGGCAGCCACCAAGCGGCGUCUGAGCUUCUCCUUCCAGGAAGAUCUGUUCGUGGAGAAGUGAGGGAGGGCGACUCGGAGGAGACUCAUCUUUGGCUGUCGACAGAUAACGUUUGUUCCACU